CUGAGGUCGAGUUUGCCUUUCAUCUUUGUUGCGGGAAUCAAUAAAAUAAAGUAUCAACCAGAGACAAAGGUUGGUUUACUUGUUGAGGUUAUCUCUACAGAUGUCCUACGGGUCAUUAGAGAUUGGUUUAAUAUUCUUCUAAAGCAAUUAGAUAUAAGUGGAAUUCUUGUAGAAGUAAAUGCUGUUGUUGUUGUUGUUAUGUAUGAUUUCUCAUAGAAAGUGUUCUGCAUUCUAUUCAGGAUUCAAUGCUUUCGGCGACGUGUUACAACCCCAGACUCAAACCCCUUCAAAGAAAGAACCAAUGAAGCUGAUUCAGGGAGAUUUGGAUCUCAGUUUGGCCCAGAUGGCAGCUAAUUUAAACAUCAACGGCCCUGCAAGUCAAGUCAAGAAAACUGAUCAUCAGUGGCAGCCAAAAGGGGAACAAAAGAAAACAGGCGGCGCCAAUUGGGCAGCACCGGUAUUGUCUUCUUCUACAACUUGGAAUAUGUCUCAGCCAGUACAACCUGGUAUUGGUUUGUCGCCAACCGCUGGAAGUGGUGGACCACGUAUGCCAGCAGCUACUACCGGAAUGGCGGGAACAGAUUUGUUUGGCGCCAAGCCUCCUACAACAAAGUCUCAAACCCAACCAAAUGAUCCAUUUGGUGCUUUGUGAAAGCCGAAAUUUUUAUUGGCCAUCAAAGUAAGAGUUUGCUUGUAUUUCCAUCUUUUUCUGCUGUUGUUUUGUAAUUUGUUUUCUUUGAAUUACCAUUCUAUAGUACUUCUUCCCUUUCUAUACUAGUGGGUGUGUUUUGUCUAUGGUUCUUUUCAUUCUGAAUUCAAAUUCCAACAUGGUCAGCUUUGCUUUUCAUUCUUUCGGGGCUCAG